AUGGAUUACGAGGACGAACUUAGUGCUCCAGUGUGGGACGACCAGGGCCCACGCGAAGAAAGCAAGACAGAAGACGAGCUUUCCAAAACAUUCGCUAAUCUGAGCACAGACCCUGCAGUCGAAGAACACGAAGGAAGCACUUGGAAUGCAAAGAAUAUAGAGCAUGAAGAGGAGGUGGAUGAGGUCCAAAACCAUUCGAAAAACCUAAUUUCGUCGUUGGCACCCGAAGAAGAUCCCCUCAGCAGUCUUUCAGUAAGCGAAGCAGUAAGAUCUCCGCAAAAGGGCGAAGCCCUUUUUGGCGACUCGGGAAGUGCACCGCUUGAAGCCCAUGAGGACACCUCCAACGAAGCUCACGAAACGUCCGCUAUAUCCAAGAAUUACACGAAGCCCAAGAGACUCUUUUCAUCAGCUCGUUUGCGCCGCCACCCCCUCACAGCGGAACAGAAAAAGGACCUUUUCCAGGACCCAUUAGCUUCAAGUCCCUCUACUCGCGAGGAAGACGAGUUUGUUGAGGAGACUUUAGAUUACGAACCUUCCCCAGAGCGUUCCAAAACCGACAUUCUGCGCGAAGUUGAUGCGCCUCUGUUCAAAGUUGAUCCGCGCAAGAACCAGAGUUUGACGCCCUCUAUCAAGAAAGUUGCUGAUGUUGGUGGGGACGAGACACAAGAAAAUCCUGAUAAUAAGCUUCUGGAUCAGGAGACCCCCAACAACUAUAGCAUUGAGGUUAUUGACCCCUUAAAGGUCGGCGAUCUGACUUCUGCGCACGUCGAAUAUACCAUCUUCACAAAAGACAAAAACUCAAAUCAACCCGAAUUCAAAGUUCAGAGACGUUACAGAGAUUUCAGGUGGCUUUACAGGCAACUUCAAAAUAAUCAUUGGGGUAAAAUUAUUCCUCCUCCACCUGAGAAGCAGACUAUGGGUAGGUUUGAAAAUGACUUCAUCGAGAAUAGAAGAUUGCAGAUGGAGCGCAUGCUAACUAAGAUUGCUCAAGAUGCGGACCUGAGAGAUGACACAGACUUCAUACUGUUUUUGCAAAGUAACAAUUUCAGUCAAGACUCAAAAGUUAGAGAACACCUAACGGGCUCGAACGCAUCGGGUGACAGCAAUGACAUAUCUGAAAUUCACAUAAGUGAAAUAGAGUUGCUUGGGCAGGAAGAUGCCGCAAAUGUUAUGAAGAAUGGCGGGCUUGACGAGUCUCAUAAGGGCUUUAUGAAUAUCUCUUUCGCGUCAGCUCCAAAAUACAAUGAACCUGAUUCUUUUUUUGUGGAACAAAGGCAGGCAACUGAACUACUAGAAGAACAGCUGAGGCAACUUUGCAAAUCGCUGGAGAUUGUCGAUGUUCAGCGUAACGACCUAGCUUCUGUGACUGAAGAAUUUGCGCAAACCAUAAAAGCUCUCGAAGAGCUCGAGGUCUCGAAAAAAGGCUCUGAACUCUUGGCAAACUUUGCCGAUGUGCACUUGAGAAUUAAAGAGUCCUUGCAGCGCAGUACCUUGCAAGAAAGCUUGACUCUUGGGAUUACCAUCGAUGAUUACCUGAGGUCACUUUCAAGCAUUCGGGCAGUCUUCAACCAGAGGUCUAAGCUCGGGUACUACCUUGUCAUUGUUGAAAACGAUCUAGCUAAGAAACAAUUGCAACUAGAGAAGAAUAGCACAAAGGGCCCUUCAGACAAGGUUGAAAAUCUGAGCAAGGAAGUUAAAGUGUUACAAGCAAGGCACAUUAAAAUUAGACAAAAAUGGCAAGAAGUUGGCGACACCAUCAGGAAGGAGCUUCAAAGACACGAUCGUGAUAAAAUGAUUGAUUUCCGGAACAGCAUAGAAAUAUUCUUGGAAUCGAGUAUAGAAACGCAAAAAGAGUGCAUCGAGUUGUGGGAAACAUUUUAUCAAAACAAUUUAUAG